GCUCCAGACUUGCUAAAAACAGUAGAAUUCGGUUCGGCACCCUAAAUAUUAAUUUCAAAAUUGAUUUUCAUUAUUUUCCCUGAAAACAUAGGUAGGUAGAGGUACCUUACCUAUACUUACAUUUAAACACAACAGAAAAUCGCCUUUUCGUUUUGAUCUUAGACAACGUCUACUCUCAUUUCCUGUUCUAAUAGCUCUGUAUACAUUCUGAGAAUUUUGCAUUGUUUUUCAUUCAUUUCUUCUUUCUCCAUCAGACACAACUUUUUUCGACAUACCUACUCCAAACAAAGAGAGCAUGGAAUACGCAUCGCUCACUCCAACACAACAGUCGACAUUUUAUUGUAUUACAAUCAAUGCUGUAAAAACCCAGAAUCAUAUCGCUGACGACAUGCGACACUCGCGUUAGAGAUUCAAAAGCACACUGCAGUGUCUCUUAUUGUUUCUCCACCCUCCCCAUCAAUCCUUUACAUCUCUGAAUACAAUACUUUUUCUUUGAACUUAAAUUUUCAAGUGGUUAGUUCCAGCGUUGUCGAGGUGGCAGUAGUGAGGACAUCGAGUUAUCUUAUCUUACAUUGUGGAGUAUUCUCAAGUUGCAGACUGCAGUAUUGGUCCAGUGUUAUUACUUCUAAUUUUCAAGUAAUAUUCAAAGUGCGUUCGUUAAGUUUGUUCGUUCACCGAGAAAAUAUUCGUACUAACUUAUUCAUUUUGAUAUUUUUCCGCGUUCUUUCCGCUGUUGCAUUUUUUUCAAAAUUGUAGUGAAUUUCGAAAGAUUUUCGUAAUAAUUGAAAAAAAUCAUGGCGUUUAACAAUCCGACCUAUCCGUUGGUAGGGCAACUUCCGAAGCCUCCUUCAUUCAUGGUAGGGCAACUCCCAAAGUCUCCUUCACUCAUGGCCCCGACUUACACCGAUGAUUUCACUCGUCAGAUGGAUGAUUUUGCAGGCCAAAUCACCGAUUUAGAGACCGAGAUAUCAAAACAACAGAUCUGCGCAAUCGAGGCAAAAGUAUUUUACGAUCAUCUAAAGUCAAUUUACAAGAAAAUCAGUUUAUACGAAGAAAUUCAAAUGACGAAAAAUCUGCAUCAGCCAAUGCCCAGACAUCAUUUUACGAAUUCAAACACAUUUCGCGAAAUCUAUUCCAGGGUAAUCACUCUGAAAAUAAAGUUGGAGAAAAUUCUAUUCUCUAAGGAAACCAAAGCUGACGAAGACGAAUCUAACUCGAAUAAAAAACAGUCCGAGAGUGCGAAAAAUCUCGACUCGCAAAUUAAAAAACAAAAUUUUCUCAUCAAUAAAAUCGAAUCGCUCAAAAUUGUACAUGGAGAUAUUAGCUCGACAAAAGCCGAAAUAAUUUAUAGCCAUCUUUUUCAACUUUACGACCUGUUUAUCGCAAAUCAAAUGCAGAUCGAAGCAAGCGUCGACGGCGGUGUUAUCCUCGAUAAUCAACAAAAAAUCGCGACUGAGAUACAAUGGAAAGUGAUCGAUUUUCAAACCAAGUUGAAAGAAAUCAUGAAGUUGAUCGCGCCUACGUCAUCGAACGAAUCCGAGAUCAAUAUCGAUCAUUCUACUCGACCAUCAUUCAAGGAUGCUGCGGUUAAUUUGAAAUCAUUCAUGAAUUCUUCGAACCAAUUCAAGAAAACAUCUCAGUCCGAACAAACGCAGUCAUCGGAGUUGGAAAGCACUCUUCAAUCGAUACAACUCAAAUUAUCCAAUCUCGAAUCUUUAUACAACGAUUUAUUGGACUCGCAACCAGAUAGAAAUGAAAUUGGAUGUAACUUCAGCGAUAUCUUCACCUAUCUCGUCGAUAUUUUAGAAGUAUCCAAGGAAAUCGAAAGUAAAAUGGCUUUUCUUGAGGAAAAGCAGCAACAAUUCGUCGACGAUGAUGAUCUUGAUGAGAUCAUGGCAGAGAACAAUCACCAGAAACAGAAUUGCAGAUGUAUAAAAUGUGAUCCAAUAAGAGGAAACAGCAUGUUUCUUUGUGCUCGUAAUUUAGUACAAGAAAUGCAUCCGCCAAUUCCGCCCGUUCCAAUUGGGCUCAGGCGCAUUGAUAUUAAAUCCACGAGUACUGAUCCAUCGGCGUUGAAUAUGGCACAGCUGACUUCUUCAAAUUCGAAUCCCUCGGAUCAAGGUUCAUCGAAAGUGGUUCCCCCGCAGUCCGGAGAUCAUCGAAAAUUCAAGAAAUAUGGAAAAACAAAAUCAGGAGCAUUUAAAUUCUCGUAAAAAUGUUGGAGAUCUUUACUCGUAUUAAAUUUCUAUAAUUAUUGUACCUAAUCGUAAGCCCAGUGAAUAAAAUUAUCAUUAAAACACAAACAGCACACUUAAAUUCAUAUCUAUAACUUACGACAAUGUCCUUUAAAUCACUAAUUUACUCUUACUGUG